AUGAGGCCUUUGCCCAUUCUCCUAUUCGUUUCCCUGCUCGGGAUGGCGUUAGCCGCGCACGUACAAAUCCCGCUACGCCGCGUCAAGUCGAUGAUGGAGAAAUUGAUGGAAGAGGGGAAAUGGGAAACCUACCAGAAGAAGCGGGACGAGUACCGGAAGAGAUUGCCGCACGAGCUCAUCAGCGGCAGUCAAAUCGCCUACGAUUACGGAGAUAUCGUUUACAUCGGUCAACUCUCAAUCGGUACCCCGGCACAGCGCUUUAACAUGAUUCUAGACACCGGUUCCUCCGAUUUAUGGGUACCCGAUUCGAGCUGCGGCGGGAUCCCUGGAUGUCCGGACUAUUGCAAUAAGUUGCCCAAGGAUCAAUGCCCGCAAUUCUGCGACCCGGCCAUGUGUUGCCCGGGCAGCAGCACGCUGCCGUUGAACGCACGUGUCGGCAUUCAACUCGAUCAGAAUCCAUGCGAUUUGAAACAUCGCUUCAACUCCUCAGCCUCUUCAAGCUAUCAGAAGAACGGACAACAAUUCACGAUUCAAUACGGAACCGGAUCAGCGCAAGGAUUUCUAGGGCAGGACGUUGUUUGUCUCGGUGACUCGAAUGUGUGCUACUCGAAGCAACUCUUCGGUCAGGCCACUCAGAUUGCGGAUUUCUUCGAGAAUCAACCAUGUGACGGAAUCUUCGGAAUGGGUUGGCCGGCGUUGUCCGUCGACCAGGUGCCGCCAUUACUCAACAACGUCGUCUCGCUUCUCGAUCAGCCGCUCUUCAACGUGUGGAUGGAUCGCAAGGGCACUCAGCAGGACGUGGUGGGCGGCUUGUUCACCUAUGGAGCGUUGGACAGUGUCAACUGUGACACAUCAAAAAUCGUCUACACGCCGAUCACAUCGCAAACCUAUUGGCAAUUCGCAAUUCAGGGUGUCUCUCAAGGUGCCUACAGUAGCAAGAUGACCUAUCAGGUGAUCUCGGACACAGGCACCUCGUUAAUCGGCGCUCCUCAAGCUGUCGUUGAUGCAAUUGGGAAACAACUCGGCGGCACUUAUAGCCCUUUCUAUGGAGCCUAUACAAUCGACUGCAACGCCACCCCGGACGAUAUUGUGAUCACGAUCGCCGGGCAACCUUUCAACAUCAGUUACAAGGAUUAUAUCGUCUCUCUAAACGGCGAUUGUGUCAUCGGAUUGUUUGGUUUCACUUUUGGCGGCUUUGGACCCCAAUGGAUUCUUGGUGAUCCGUGGAUCCGCUCCUUCUGCAACAUCUACCAUAUCGGUGGUGUGAAAAUCGGCUUUGCUCCAGCCUAUCACUCAUCG